UCAGCGCCCGCCGUCCGUCGCUCCCCCCUGGCGGGGCCCCUCAGUACAGCCAGCGCCGCUCUCCCUCUCCCUCUCUCUCUCUCACACACAGACUUCACUUACAUUGUUGGUGAGUUUGCAGCAACUCGUCCGCCUCGGCCUCCCCCAACCUGGACUGUGUGGCCCCGGGGAGAGUGCAGCCACAGGGGCCCCAGGAGCCGCCAUGGACACCAAACAUUUCCUGCCUCUGGAUUUCUCCACCCAGGUCAAUUCCGCGGCCUUGAACUCUCCAGGUAUUCGUGGUUCUAUGACCGCACCUCUGCUCCAUCCAUCCUUAAGCAGCUCUGGGCUCAGCCCGUCGCUGGGAUCACCCACUCAACUUCACUCGCCCCUUAGUUCACCUAUCAAUGGAAUGGGCCCGCCGUACUCCGUUAUCAGCUCACCUCUGGGCCCAUCAAUGUCCCUCUCCAACCCUGGCCUUGGGUAUGGCACUGGCAAUCCUCAGCUUCAUUCCCCCAUGAACUCGAUGGGCUCCGAGGACAUCAAACCCCCUCCAGGAAUCAACGGCAUCCUGAAAGUGCCAGCACAUGCCUCCGGCCCCAUGGCAGCCUUCACUAAACAUAUCUGCGCCAUCUGUGGGGACAGAUCAUCAGGUAAACACUAUGGAGUCUACAGCUGUGAGGGCUGCAAGGGCUUCUUUAAGAGGACAGUUCGGAAGGACCUUACCUACACAUGCAGGGACACCAAGGACUGCCUGAUCGACAAGAGACAACGCAACCGCUGCCAGUACUGCCGCUACCAGAAGUGUCUGGCCAUGGGCAUGAAGCGUGAAGGGAUGGAGCAUCAUCCAUCCCCGACUACAAGAGAUCGCCCGUAUCCGGCGGAUAAAGCUGUGCAGGAGGAGCGUCAGCGGGGGAAAGACAGAAAUGAGAAUGACGUGGAAUGUUCAAGUAGUGCUAAUGAAGAUAUGCCGGUAGAAAAGAUUCUGGAGGCGGAACUGGCUGUGGAGCCAAAGACCGAAACUUACAUCGAAGCCAACAUGGGCCUCGCCCCCAAUUCUCCUAGUGACCCCGUCACCAACAUUUGCCAAGCCGCAGACAAGCAGCUAUUCACCUUGGUAGAAUGGGCAAAGAGAAUCCCCCACUUUUCAGAGCUGCCGCUGGAUGAUCAAGUAAUACUGCUGAGAGCAGGUUGGAAUGAACUCCUUAUCGCCUCCUUCUCACAUCGGUCAAUAGCUGUUAAAGACGGGAUUCUCCUGGCCACUGGUCUUCAUGUGCACCGGAACAGUGCGCACAGUGCAGGUGUAGGAGCCAUCUUUGAUCGUGUUCUGACAGAACUAGUGUCCAAAAUGCGAGACAUGCAGAUGGACAAGACAGAGCUGGGGUGCCUCCGAGCAAUCGUCCUUUUCAACCCAGAUUCUAAAGGUCUCUCAAACCCAUCGGAGGUGGAGGCACUGCGGGAGAAGGUCUAUGCAUCUUUGGAAGCUUACUGCAAGCAUAAAUACCCUGAACAGCCAGGAAGGUUUGCAAAGCUACUGUUGCGUCUACCUGCCCUCCGUUCCAUCGGCCUGAAAUGUCUGGAACAUCUCUUUUUCUUCAAGCUAAUAGGAGACACACCAAUCGACACCUUCUUAAUGGAGAUGCUGGAAGCUCCUCAUCAAAUGACUUAAGAGAAGGGGGUUUGGUUGUCCAUGUGCCGAGGGCGAUGGACGCAUCAUGUGAUGCCCUCAGAGACACUUACAGAAAACGUCCAGGAGCCCUCAUGCAGUGUCACAUGUGCGUCUUCAGUCCAUCCACAGAGCUAUAACCUUGCUCUCAGAACACAACAGCAAUCAGUGACAGACAUCUGGGAUGCGGAUAAGCUGGGCUCGUCCUUUUUUUUUUUUUUUUGUCUCUUUCGAAGACAUGGCUUGGUUGUCGCUGCUGAAGCUUCUUAAUUAAGUUGCUGUUGUUUGGCUUUGGUGGCCCCCAGAAGACCACCAGCAUCUAAAAACAUAAAAAAAAAAUCCGCACAGAUCCCUUGGAGGGUGAAUGUAUUUUUUUUUCUUCUUUUUCAAAAAUAUAUUAUGUUGAAAAGACAAUGGAAGAGUUUUCUAAUCUGUGUGUUCCCACACGAGAACUGGUUUGUUAUGGUGUGGAGAAGUUUUUGCUGAUCUUCUGAACAAACUUUAAGAAGGUCCAUAUAGCAAUUGGCAUCGGUUUCCACAGGCAGACAAUUAAAAGGGGUUUACUAGCCCUUAUUCCACGUUAGGCCUUAGUUCUCAAAGAACAAACAUCUCAAAAAAUAACUCAGCUGAGCUUGCUGUCCCCUCACAUGCUUUUAUGUUGAGGGAUUUAGCAAUUAAAUCAGACAUUUUCUCCCUGUGGAAAAAGCAAAGCUAACUCCACAGCUCGAUUUCCAGAACCAUCUGGGUGGUGAACCAUUAGCUUGUUUUAAGGCUCUAUGGAUCAAGGCACUACAGAAUUAUUUUGUUUUGAUGUAUUCAAGAAAUUGUAGGAAACCACCAGUUUGAAAUUACUGCCUCUUAAAAAAAUUUUUUACAGCCAGUGAGCCACUUUGGGCCCCUCGGGUAGAUUUCAGGGAUCUUGUCCAUUUUUGUUUUCUAAACCUGUAUUGCAAUCCUUCACAUCAAGAGAAGGCUUCACUUAUCUUCUCUAGCAACAGGAGCCACAGAGGCAGAAAAUCCUGGUGAUUUUAUAAUUGUUGUUCUUAAAAAAACAUAAAAAUGUACAGUACAGAAUUACAAUUGUUUCUAAAAAACAGCAACUGAGUUUUUCUAGAGAUUUGUAUCAACCAAAAUUACUUAUUGCAGAGGUUCCGAUUUCUUGUUGUUGGUAAAGAUAAAUCAUCACAAUAUGAAACUGUUAACUUUUUUUUGUUUGUAACUGCUAAAUAGAACACCAGAAUGUGAGAUCCAGGUUUGAGAAGUGCUUUGGUUUAAAAGCUUGCAGGUGACCGUGUGGCCACAACAUUGACGACUCAAAGCCUUCUUAGCAUCUGUCUCACCAUUUUGAGUUAAAGAAGAUCUCCAAUAGCUGUUGAGCAUAACGUUUGUGUUUUUCAUAGGACCAGAUCAUUUUGAAAAACAUGGCCUUCUCUUAUGAGGUUCCUCAGAAUUUUUCCAAUUGUUUAUUUUUCCUUUUCCAUUAUAUCGGCAAAGAAGGGAUAAUUUUAUCCAAUAUUUGGGCUUUUCAAAAAAAAAUAAAAAAUUGGUGUAGCUUUUACGACAUACGUUUUGGUACUCAGAAUCUUCAGCUUGUUUAAAUGGUUCAGCCAUUUCUGGAGAAGAGACUCAACAAGAGUUCCAAAUGGCCGAUUUUGGUUUAGAGUCUCAUGGAAUCUGUGUAGUAACAAAAGCCUAAGAGUUUUUUUACUUAAAAAAGUUGACAGAAUCACAGAGAACCUUCAAAAACUGUUCCUAGGUUUUUUUUUUUUUUUUACAGGGUAAGUCAGUGCGAACAUUGCUUUAUUUGAACUAACUGGCCUUCUUUUAUUCGUUUCUUGUAAAGCAAAAAUGGUAUAUGUAUAUUUUCCAAAGAAACUUGUCUUUUUCUUUCGUUGGCGCUCUCUCCGUUCUGCGUGGGAGCGAGUUACUCGGAACCUGAGCCGAUGCUGAAGCACGCUUCUGUGAAGCAUUGCCCCUCUCCCUCCUUUCCUUUUCUUGCCUGCAACUGGUCAAGCGCUAUUGAUACCGUUACGAUACCUCUUUUGUGAUUUCUAAGCUAGUGGUUGAGCAGAUUGUGGAAGACACCGUCCAGACCUGGCGUUCCUUACCUCUGCUGGAUUGGAACACAGAAUAUUGUAAAGCGUUAAAUUCUUUGCAUUUGCAUUUUUCCUUGAUGAAUCAGCUUUUGGUAUAAUUCGAUGCAUCUGGUUGUGUUCAACUAAAAGUAUAUUAAAGCAAUUUUCUUCGAUGAGAUACAGCUCAUAGAUGAAGGUGGACUAAGGUUCAAUAAGCUUCAUCUCAUUUUUAUUGGAGAAAAAGACAAUUGCAGCCAGAGUAACCAUAUGAUCUGUGUGUACAGAUUGUAAGAUUGAUGAACAGUUUCAAAAUGACAAUAUAUGUUGGCACUCUUUCAAAUGGGUGCAAAGCAAUGAGAUAUCAAAAACAUUUAGCCAUUUUAGAUUAAAGGAGGCUUAGCAGAGGUUGCAUAUUGUGUCAGUGUAGUUUCUGGACAGGAAGAUGGCAGAGUGCAGCAAAGCGUCUAUUUGCAAGCCCAUCUUUGCUGUUUUUCAAGUGUGCUUUUUUUUUUUCCUUUCCCAUAUAGCAUCACCUUUUAUAAUAUGAGCUGUAAACCUCUGUAUCUUUUAUCCUAUAAUAGUGCCUUAAAAAUUAAACGUUCUGUCAGCACUAGUAACAGUCACCGGGUGCUGUUUGGUCACAGGAGGAGGCAGGGACCUGGUUACAUUGUGGCAUUACUCAACGAUAAACCCACUUUUUCCAUUAAACCAGAUUUAAAGGUAACCUGUCGCACUAGCUGCUGCCUGUCAUAGUGGGUGCCACUGCUGGAUCUCUCGUUGCUGUACCCCUGGGAGUUUUGCUACUACAGCAUAGCUGGCCAGGCAGUACUUGAGAUUAUAGAGCGUGGCAUUUUCAAACAGAUCCCCUUUAGGAAGAAUUUAUUUUUGAGUUAUAUAUGACAUGUUUGACUGUAGGUGAAUAUUUAUUCUCCGAGUGCCUUACUCGUAUAUCUCUUAAACAGGAAGUCCCCUGCCCCAAUCACCCCCCCCCAAAAAAAAAUCUGUUUUAAGUCAAUAAAUUGUAGAAUCCAUCCCAUUUAACAGAGCAGUCACGGCACAUGUGAAUUUUAAAGAAUGCCUUAAUCUCUACAGGGACAAUGACCGCCAGUUUGCAGGGCUGACCUUGUUCUGUUUCGUAAUGUGUACUUCACCCCAGUGACUGUGUGUGUACAUUCCCCUAGCGAAAAUAAAUGUAUCCUUUAACCCAUUCCUUGCAUUGCUUUGGUAAAAGAAAAGAUAAAUUCUGGCAUAGGACGCACAGUCAUUAAAUUAAUUUUGAAUUAUUGAACCUUAGGUGGCGCUGUUGUCAGCAGUCACACUUUCAUAAGGCAGAUUUUUGCUAAAGGCAGUUGCUGCCACAAGGGCACCUACCUUACCUUGUUCACAUACCAUGAAUGAUUCCAUAAAUUACAUGCAGAAUGAGCAUGAAAGUGACUCGACUCACUAAGCCAAACUGCAUUUUCUUGUCACUUUUCCUAUAAUUUUAUUCUCUCCACUUCCUCCAACAGUACAUCUAUGUUUCAUAAUACACUCAAGUGAAGUCAUUAAAGGAACCUGAUUCAUAGACUACACCUGGGUCUCGGCCAAAUAAUCUUUUUGAUGAUUUUUUUAAAUAUUAUCAUGUCACACAUUUUAUUUUAUUACAUUCUGUUCUUAUUUUAUUAAUUGAAUUGCAAAUCUUUACAGUGUAGUCCUCCCAGAAAAUGACAUAGAAAAUAUAACACAUUACACUUUACAGGAUAUGAGAUUGAAGUAGCCAAUUCCAUAAUGGCCAUUUACUUUCAUCAAUCUGUAGACGUAUCUCUUGAGCCAGCAUUUGUUGAUAAAAAAAUCAGAAUCAGAACAUCGUCUGUUUCAGGACUAUGAAAUCCAUAGAGUUGCCUGAGUGUAAAAAUAACAGACAUAAUGUAGCACUUCUAUAUAUUUACAUUGUCCAUCUGUCAAGCCAUAGAAGAAGUACAUUUGGAUUAUAAUAAGUUGUAAAAAGAAUGGUUGUUUUUCUAACCACCACAGAAAAAUCUGCGCAUAGGGAAGGAACGCCUGGUCUGUUCAUCUGUGCACCUGUUUUGAGGUGCCGCAGGAUCUUUACAGUGUGAGGGGGAUAGGUGAAACUCACCAGCACCGAGAGGUAUCCUUUUGUCGUUCUUGUGAUAUAAUGUUAAAAAAAUAAAAAAAAUGAAAAAAAAUGUUUGUGUAUUACAAAAGUAAAAAAAUUAAAAAAAGUUUAGAAAAAACAAAUUAUAGAAAGGUUUGAAAAAUUCUAUUGUAUCAGCGAAGUAAAAUCUAUUUUUGUAUUGAU